UUCAGUUCGCAUCCUCAGUAUUGUGCAAGCAGACGCAGGGUGCGCUUCAGCAUCAUCAGUUUACUGAUCGCAUAGGUGGCCCAGAGAGCUACAACUUUAGAGGAAACGUUAGAAGAACACUGACUUGAUUCAAAGAGGAUUUUCAUUCGGACCGAGAGUCGGGAACACCUGGCACCCUGCUCCACCUAAUCGUACAGAGAUCUGUCUAUUCGCGUUUGCCUUUAGGAAGGCUGGGAAUUUCGUGUUAGGAGAGGUGGAAGGUUACUCCAUUACUCCGUGUCACUUGUACCUGAGAGUGACUCGUGCCUGAUUUCAGGCUUCUUUCUCACAGCAGUGCGCGCGCGGGCUCGUGGCAGUAUGCGCAGUGACAGUGUGUUGGCUUUGUUGAACUUUUGCGUGUUGCUGCGUGUGUCCGCGGCUCAAGCGUGUGCGCCGUGCCCGCAGCGCGCGUGCCCACCGGUCCCCGCACAGGGCUGUGAGGAGGGGCGCGUGCUGGCGCGGGACCCGUGCGGCUGCUGUGAUCAGUGCGCGCGACUCGAGCUGGAGCUGUGCGGCGGGGAGAACUGGGAGCUGGGCUACUGCGCCCUGGGGCUCACGUGCACCGCUCUCAACCACACCGGCGCACUUACCAUUCCUGAUAUAGGGGUCUGCAAAGGCGUCUCAGAUACUGCAGACACUGGUGUGGAAGACAAGCGGUGCCCUCUAUCAAGUGGGUGUAACCUUGUGAGUGGGGAGUGUGUCUGUGAGUCCAAACACUCCUGCCUCAUCUCCUUUAGCUACCCAGAUCCAGAGGCGUGUGCCCAGGGCAUGAAGACGGAAGCCAGAAGGCAUGAGAAAGAGCACAGGGACAAACACAGGGAGAAGUUUGUGGGUCCCUCAAACCCAGCCUGUGUAUUCUCUGGCUGUAACCUGACCGCCACAGGCUGUGAGUGUGCAUCCCAGAGCUGCCACCCCCACUUCACCUAUGCCAACCGCAGCCAGUGCCAACUAGCCGCAGUGGAGCUGAAGUGUGCUGGGAUCACAUGCCCGAAUCUAGCCGUGCCCGAGUGCCCACCUGACUCUAUGCUGACCCGCAGCUACACGCCCCCCGCAGGCUGCUGCCCAACAUUACCACCCCAGUGCACCUGUGCUCAAUGCCCACCCAAGCCAGAAUGUCCCAUCAGCCACAAAGCUGUGAUCAUCAGCGAGGCCACCGGAGCGCCAGGCAACUGCUGUCACUCCUACAAAUGCGAGAAAGUUUCCCCUAAGUGUGUGCACAACGGGACCCAGUUUGCCGAGGGUGAGGUGUACCGCAUGGACUCCUGCUGGCUGUGUCAGUGUCGUGGAGGCAUCUCAUUCUGCUCCAAGGCUGAGUGUGCUGAGCUGGACUGCGAUAACUUGUACAUCCCAGAGGGCGAAUGCUGCCCUGUCUGCACAGGUGUGGAGCUGUUAUCAAUGGACAGCACCAAGGCUAGCUGCUGGGUGAACCAUAAGCUGCGGCAGCACGAGGAGCAGUGGAAGGAGGACGACUGCACUUUCUGCCAAUGUGUGGACGGAGAGCAGCACUGCACAGCCAUGGUGUGCAAACAGAGCUGCCAUAACCCUGUCAAGAUCCCUGGAGAGUGCUGUCCUUUCUGUGAGGAGCCUUCGUAUGAGACCGUGAGCCCAUUACUGUGUCCCCCACUUGAAAACUGCUCUCUGUCAGAACAUGAUUGUCCUUUUGGAUUUCAGCAGGACCACAAUGGCUGCCUACUCUGCCAGUGUCUUGGCAAUGACUCUUGCCCCAAACUGUCCAGCUACUGCAACAAGCAGUGCCCCAUGGGAUACGAGAAGGAUGACUAUGGUUGUGAAGUAUGUGAGUGCAGUACACCCUCCGAGUGUAGACCGCUGACCUGCAGAAAGACCUGCCCCUAUGGAUAUGUGAGAAAUAAACAUGGAUGUGAGAUGUGUCGCUGCAUUAAGUGUCCCCCCUUCACAUGUGACAAGCAGUGCAGUGAUGGCUAUAAGCAGAACAGAAAAGGCUGCAACAUCUGCCUCUGCAAAGAGAGUGAGCGUGAUGUGAGCACUACCACUUCUCCUCCAGUGCGCGGCCACUGUCUGACUGCGAAUGGCCAGCAGUUUGAAGAGGGCGAGAGCUGGCAUGACGGCUGCAGGGACUGUUACUGCCAUGCUGGACGGGAGAUGUGUGUUCUCAUCUCCUGCCCUGCACCCAGCUGCACAAAUCCUGUGCUCAGGCCACACCAGUGCUGUCCCAGCUGCGAGGAGGAGUUAGGCAGUGGUCGUCCUGAGGGAAUGGACAUGGUGGUCUGCCAAGCUCCUGGAGACGAGCUUUAUGUGGAAGGUGAUACCUGGAACCUGGACGAAUGCACACGCUGUACCUGUAGGCAGGGCCGAGUGCUGUGUGACACAGAAGUAUGUCCCCCUGCCCUCUGCCAGACACCAACCAGGACCAAAGGGACCUGCUGUCACAUCUGCCAAGAGGACACUCUCAGCUCCCUCCUUCCUGUCAAUAACAGCCAACGAGAAUACUGUAUCUCCAGUGAUGGAGACAUCCUUCUGGCUGGAGAUUCAUGGAAACCGAACGCCUGCACUAGUUGCAUUUGCAACAAUGGGACCAUUCAGUGUUUCUCCCAGCGAUGUCCAGCUGCCAAAUGCAAAGUCCCAGUGCUUCGUAAGGGACAGUGCUGUCCACAAUGUCUGGAUGUUACAACAACCUCAGUGCCAGUGAUGUCUACUACAACAGGCAAACCUAAAAGCAAAGCCAGCGACGCUGUUACGAUUACUGAAAGUGAAGUUUGGAUCACAGUGCAUACAGUAGUUCCUGUUACAGAUGGUGGAAGUCUUAGUGAAGAUGUCCCAGCCGAGAUGGAGAUGUCCCUCAUCUACCAAUCAGUAGCCUGGAUUCUGGCCGCCCUCCUCAUGUCUAUAGUCAUAUUUUUUAUUGUGGCUCUUCUCAUUAACAAGAAGAAAAACUGCGUGCAGAUGUCCUGUUACGAUGCACCCAAAAAGACGGUGAUCCUAAAGAAGCAUGUGAACAAGAACUCGGUUGUGUACGCAGAGCCGUCCAAGGAGAACAAGCUCCAGAACGUGAAGAACGACUGCAGCAUGACCUUCUCACCAAGCGCGAGUUCGCCCUACGGGGAGCGGAUCAGCAUCCCGCGGGCCAAGCUGAGCAACGGACAUGUGAGAGUCCAGCGUUAAGGCCUCCUGCUGGGACUACAGGAUAUUUCCUUUCAUCUCUAUUGGUUUCAUACACAUCCAUGGAGCUCACAGAGCAACUCGCACAACAUGCCAAGGAUUCUUUUGCCUUCCGUUGAGAAGGAUCAUUGGUGUCCAGUGGAGGAAAGAAGUAUUGUGAAACCUUUCGUCUUACUUUAUUAUAUUGCUGUUUUUUUCCCCUCCUAGCCAUUUUUUGGAGUGGUAAAUUCUUCCCAUAGCUCUCAGGAGAAAUAGGAGAAGAAAACAUACUUAUUUGGACAUGAGGCUAUAACAGUGCACUCUGGAGAGAUGCUGGGAUUGAGCUUUUGAAAAUUUUUGACUGAACAUUGCUACAGACUUCUGCAUCAAAAUACAAUUCCAAUUCACUUAUUUGGAUCUAUCCUUUAUAAUGCUUUAUGCUAGAAGUUUACAACCGAGGAUUGAAUUUGCUGAGGCAAAACUUGACUGGGGUAUGUACAGUGACCCAAAAUGGAGGGCAGCUACUUGGCUGAUUCCUUCAUGGACAUUGGCAAGGUAAAAAGUAACAGAAUGGAAAUUAUUAUGACUAAACUACAUUCAUGGGCCAUUUUAUUUGGAACACCUGCAUCAUGCAACUAUCCAAUCAGCCAGUGCAUAAAAUUAUGCAAAUACAGGUCAAGAGCGUCAGUUAAUGUUCACAUCGAACAUCAGAAUGGGAGGAAAAAGUGAUCUCAGUGACCGAUCAAAGUGACUUUGGCAUGGUUGUUUGGGCCAGAUGUGCUGCUUCGAGUAUUUCAGAAACUGCUGAUCUCCUGAGAUUUUGUUGAAGAUUGGAAAAACAUUGCCUGAUCUUUUUCCAAUCUUCGGCUGUCAGUUACCAGUAAGCCUGUGCCCACUGUAGCCUCAGAUUCCUCUUCUUGGCUGACAGGAGUGGAACCCAAUGUGGUGAUCUGCUGUUGUAGCCCAUCCAUCUUAAGGUUUGAUGUGUUAUGCAUUUUGACAUACUUUUCUGCUUACUACGGUUGUAAAGUGUGGUUAUUUGACUUACCAUAGGCUUCCUGUCAGUUCAAACAAGUCCGGCCAUUUUCUCUGACCUCUCAUCAACGAGGCAUUUUUGCAGACAGAACUGCCACUGCCACUCUCUGGACAUUUUUUGUUUUCUGCACCAUUCUGUGUAAACUCUACCGUGUGAAAACCCCAGAUGAUCAGCAGUUUCUGAAAUACUAAAACCAGCCUGCCUGGCCCAAACAACCAUAUCACAAAAUCAGUGAGAUCAUAUUUUCCCCCGCAUUCUGAUAUUUGAUGUGAAGAUUAACUGAAGCUCAUGACCUACAUCUGCAUGACUUUAUGCAUUGUGCUCCUGUGACAUGAUUGGCUACUGGAAACUUGCAUGAAGCAUGGGUGUACCAUUGGUGUGCUCCCAAUAAAGUGGUCGGUGAGUGUAUAUAUUGAACAAACUGCAGAAUCUGAAUCAUAAACACCCUGCAAGAACAGGGGAUAUUCUUGGUUUAUGUCUAAUGAUUUUUUUUUUUACUUGUAAGUGUAUUAAUUGUAGUCUUAGUGACUUUUCUGAUUUCUAUUAUGGCUUCCUUAAGUAGUAAGAUGUGUCACUUAAGAACCUAGAGUAAAAAUCCAUUCCAAUACAACUUUUGAGGGUUAGGAUCGGUCUAAAAUCAUAUACAGUACUCAGCAUCUGGUGAGCCAAAAAUAAUAAUAAUAUUAAUAAUAAUACGUUUCAAGUCAACCACUUAUCAAAUCCAAUGAGUGCACUGACAAUGAGCUCGGAGAAUACAGACUAUAUCAAUUCUUUCAACCGUGUGUGCCAGCACCCAUUAUUAUUAUUAUUGUUAUUACUAUUAGAUAUUUCAUUUUCCCUCUGUAGUCUACAAGACAUAAUCAAAUAACUAGUUGAUAACUCUGUAACUUGGAUCUACUAUCUGUGCCUAUUUCAAUACUGAACUAAUUAUCAAAAUAACUCUAAGGACUUACGCUAUGUCAAUGUCUACAGAAUUAUUGACAUGAUUGAUACAGAACAGGCAGUGUGUAUUAUUAAGGGUCAGUUACUUACCAAAAAAGUUGCAAAAUAUUCCAGGAAAGACUGAUGCAUGGACAGGGAUUUGACAUUUCUAUCAGCAUGAUAAACUGCUUCAGUAAACAGUGUUUCUAUUUGGGUUUCACUGCCAAGAGUAAAGCCCAAACCUAAGAGUGUUACACAAUACAUUCACAGAACAAUUUGACUCAGUUUGUGUUGUUAGUUUUGUUUUGUUUUUUUUCCAUAGAGUGUUGCAAUGGGGGGCAUGAAAAAAUGUGGGAGAGGGGUAAAACAAAGCAAGAACAAUUUUAGAUCAUUUUGAUAGCUAUUGGCUUAAAAUGAUGAUAGUGGCCAUUCUAGGGUUGUAUUUCAUAAAUGUAAAAAGGUAGAUAAAUCAUAGAUGAAGAGUACAUUAUUUAUUUUUUCAAACAGUUUAUUUAUUAAUACUGAACUAUAGUUUGAGUACCAAGAAAUUUGUGUUGUUUUGGAUGUUGACAGAAACCAUAUUAGCCAAAGCUACUGUACAUUUUUGAUUCUGUAAACCAUUUCCAUUUCUAUCUGCUUUUUGGAAAAGGAAUAAAUAUAUUGUGUGAUCA